AUGAAGGAAUACUCGUAUUGGGAUAUUCUUCCUCCAGAGACUGUGUUGAACGUUUGCACGUUCUUGCCUACGCUGGAUCUGCUCAACCUAUGUGCAACAUAUCCAGCAAUCGAUCCACUGGUUACAAACACAGCAAGUCUCUGGCAAUCCCUGCAUCUGCCUUUCCCAGACCCGUUCCUCUACAGCUAUCCAGGAUGGCAAAGGCGCUGCCCCAUCGAUGAUUUGACCUCUGUCCCAGGAGGAGGAAGUGGCAACAGUAGACAUGAGCGUAGGACCAGCGCUAGUAGAUCAACGCUUUUCCAGGACGGCCGGUACCGAACCUUGAGUGAGCCUGCGUACUACGAUCUGCCCGACAUUGAAGGAGGCGAGUUCGAUAGUAAUGAGAACAACACCGUCUGGAUCAUAUUAGAUGUCCUUGGUCAGAUACCGCUGCAAUUCGUCCAGCAUCUGAGCUUCGAUUGUCCGCCUUGCCAACUUUGUGUCUACCCGUGCAGGCAAUUUUGCGUCUGUGAGUGUCAUCAGAACGGACAGAAGCACGAUCCUCGCAGCGGCACCACUCUUGACGAAGCCGGCGAUAACACACAGCAGCGAGGAUUUGCGCUGCUCUCGCAACCUCUGCAGGAUCUGUUCGAAUUGGGACUAGUGAACUUCAGCCGGCACAUCGAUCUACGCUCCUUGAACGGUUCGUUUGACUUGCCAGGAAGCAAUAUCAUUAGUUCGGCAGCAAGUCUUCACAGUAACUUCUCUUCACUUAAUGACUUCGGUCGCCAGGGUGCUCUGCAGCAAUUGGAUCACUUCGAAGGCGAGCAACUAUUAGACCCCCAGUCAUCACUCUCAAAAAGAGGCAAAGACAAUGCAAGGGCCUCAGAAGAAGCGGAAUUGCUCCCGCAGGAGAACAUUCUCGAACAAGAACGCCGGCAGUCCGAAACUCGCGCCGCAUAUCAACGCGCCAGGAUACUGAUCCGCAUCUUAUCGCUGAAUGGACUGGACACGCUUCAAACAUUGCGCGCACCAUGGCGGCCUGCGGCCAAGAUAUAUGUCAUCCGCCAACAACUUGAGCGAUGGUCAUUCAUGUUUGAGUAA